GUCGCUCUAUCUGUUCGUCUCCUCCUUCUGUUGUCUCUGUUUUUUCUAUGUUUUUCUGCAGGUCUGUUCUUGUUCAGCGACCCUGUCUCUGAUCAAACCCGUCUCUCAGUUGGGCCCCCCCACCUCUGACCUUCAUUCUUCCCCCUCUGCCCAACCCCUCUCUUCUUUAACUCGAAAGCCCAUCAUGAUCCCCACACUCUCUCUCACCCUCCGUUCCUCCUGAUCUGUAGCACGCACGCACACCAGCACACUCUCUAGGAAGCUAGAGACGGAGCAGCGAUGAUCCAGCUUCUGUUCGCGGCGAUAUCCGCCGAAGCGUUGCUGAUACUGCUGUUGCUGUUCAAGACGCCGGUGAGGAAGCUCGCGGUGAUCGGGUUGGAUCGGGUCAAGCGCGGGCAUGGCCCGAUGGUGGUCAAGACCGUGGCCGGGACGGUCUGCGUCGUGCUGGGCUCCGGCGUGUACAGUAUGGUGAAGAUCCGGAGGCGUGGGAUCGAGGACGGCGCGGCCAAUCCGACGGACCAGGUCCUCAUGGCCAAGCACCUGCUCGAGUCCACUCUCAUGGGAGCCACCUUGUUCCUUGCUUUGAUGAUAGACAGACUGCAUCACUACAUGAGAGAGCUCCGAUUACGAAGGAAGAGCAUGGAGACUGUGAAGAAGCAGACCCGAGCCUUUGAAGACGGGAAAAAUGGGAACUCAGAGGAGCUAAAAAACUUGGAGGAGGAAACAAGAACCUUGAGAGAGAAAGUCAAGCUGCUGGAAUCGGAUCUAGAGAGGAGGACCAAGGACGUGCAUGCCGCGGAAGCCAACUCGGUCGCUCUGAGGAAACAAUCAGAAGGGUUCCUUCUCGAAUACGACCGUCUGCUCGAGGAAAACCAAAACUUGCGGAGCCAGCUACAAUCGCUGGAUCGGAGAUUGUCGCGUUCGGGGAGCAAGAAGAACACCUGAGAGGCUAACUAAUCUUUACGGUCUAGACAAAAACUGUUCAUUUUACUCUGCUCUUGGUUUCUUUUUAGUCUGUUCUUGUUUUCUUAGUGUGUAAAUUUUGGAAGUUGAGGCAUUUGUUCAGGUUGGUUAUACCUGUGGUUGAAUCACAUUUGGGUUGUGUUAAGAUGAAGAGAAUGACAAGGAAGAAAGUGGGACAAAGGUUGGAAAAGGAAGAAACGAUACGAAUUUAUUUAUCCUGUGCUUUUCUUGGUGCCGGAUUUUAGUUCUUGUUUGGUUCAUUAUACUCAAAACCUUGAAUGUAAGGAAUUUUCUUCUUCA